AAGCAACCAGGAAGAAAUUUGUCUGGCAAGCUAUUGAAACAGCCAAUGAUGUAUUCAGACAGUGCAAAUUAUAAUAGUUGUUAUCCAUUGGAUAAUACUCAGUUAAUUGGCAGUAUUCACUCUCAUAGUGAUAUGAAUGUUGGCGCUACUGCAGCUAAUACUUAUUGGAAUAAUCCUAGUUUGCAGCAGCAGAACAGUCCGUACUCACAUCUCACAGGAGCACCUCCUCUACCACCUAACAGUUAUAAUGGUGGAAUGCUUCCCAUGCACACUGCAGUAGAAGACGACUAUACUCGCUCUUUAGGGGUCACCGCUUCGGUGGCUUAUCCAGUCCCAGUGCCAGUUUCAGUUUCUGCAGCUUCAACCCCUACAAGUGGCGAUAUUGUUGAAAUUGGCAAGUUAUACGAUAACAGCAUGAGCAAUCACAACGUUACAGUACCUCCACCAAUAUACUCUUCCCAUCACAAUACCACGUGUUAUCCACAGUAUUUUUCAUCUUAUGUACAUCCAUUCGCAGCAGAUGGAAAGCACUCACCAGAAUGCCUGUCGAACGCUUUUCUAGGCUGCACUCCUACUGAUAUGAUACGCCAGGAAGAUGUCUCCGCACCACUGCACUUCUACCCGCAUUCAUUACAGAACCCUGGCGCUCAUAUCGAUGACUCAAGAAGUGUUCACAUGGGUGCGCCAUUAAUACCACACACCAUAGAUCAUUAUAAUGCUAUACCACAAGUGAAUGGUGCAGCUACCAUACGACCAGAUAUGGUACCAGGUGUUGGUAUGAUACCUGUCUCACGUGAGCACUUUGAUUAUGGUACUGCAUUGAAUGGUGGUCCUGUUGCUGCUAUAAAUGGUAUUCCAUCCGCAACCUCUACUACGUCAACUGUAAAUUCUGUUCCUAUGAACAGUGUACGAGUUGGUAACAAAAAACGUUCGAAAAGCAUAAAGGUUGUGGAUUCUGACGAUGAUAAUCGUUCCAACGAUGAUCGAGAAGCGGAUCGCCGUAGUGCUAACAAUGCUCGUGAAAGAAUAAGGGUCAAGGAUAUAAACAUGGCUUUUAAAGAAUUGGGCCGAAUGUGUGCCCAACACUUACAACAAGGACCUGAUAAAACCCAAACCAAAUUAGGCGUACUACACCAAGCCGUCGCUGUGAUUACAGGACUAGAGGAACAAGUAAUCUUAAAGCUUUGUAUUUUUUUAAGCCAAAAUAAUUAG